UCUACUUUUUUCUUUUUUGUAUCACACUUAACUUGCAUGUGCUUCAUUAUGCAUAUGCGUAUAUGUAGACAUGUGUGUGCGAAAUCUAUGGUGGGUUUAUUCUUUUGCUACGACUGCGUCACCUACUGACACGUGCCAUUGUCCUCAACUGCCAUGAUCACUCCUCACUCUUUUUUUCACUUUCAUUUGCAUCGAUCUCCCUGCAUUUCUAACGCCAUUCCAAAUUCUUCAUCUCGCACCAACGAGUGUAUAUCAGAAGGUGCUCUCUGGCGAAUUUUGAAGAAGUUAUAUAUCGUUUUGCCAUGCGGGGAAGGCAACGGGUAGCAUCCAAGGAUCACAUACUUGGCCAGGAUAAAGAUGAAAAUUUAGCUUCAGUGCGUAUACAGAAUGCCAAACCAUGUUGGUGGCACUCUUUUCGGCAUGUACUAGUGGCUUCUCUUUCUUCCUUCUUGUAUGGAUACCAUAUUGGAGUAGUGAAUGAAACAUUAGAGAGCAUUUCUAUAGAUCUUGGAUUUAGUGGGAAUACAAUAGCAGAAGGUCUUGUAGUAAGUGUAUGUUUAGGAGGUGCUUUUGUUGGAUCUCUGUUCAGUGGAUGGAUGGCAGAUGGUGUUGGGCGUAAAAGAAGUUUCCAGUUGUGUGCUUUACCUAUGAUAAUUGGGGCUGGGAUGAGUGCAACAGCAAAAACUCUGUGGGGCAUGCUUCUGGGAAGGUUAUUUGUUGGUACUGGAAUGGGACUUGGCCCACCUGUUGUAGCUCUUUAUGUGGCUGAGGUCUCACCUCCAGCUGUUCGAGGUGCUUAUGGAGCCUUAACCCAAAUUGCAACAUGUCUUGGACUCAUGGGCUCUUUCUUUAUUGGAAUCCCAUCAAAGGAAAUAGUUGGUUGGUGGCGAAUUUGUUUCUGGGUAUCUGUCGUCCCUUCUGCAAUGCUUGCUCUUUUUAUGGAGAUCUGUGCAGAGAGUCCUCAUUGGCUUUUCAAGAUAGGAAGAACCACUGAAGCUGAAGCUGAGUUUGAGAAGCUGUUGGGAGGAGUACAUGUGAAAUCUGCAAUGGUUGAACUGUCAAAGGCUGACAAAGGUGAUGCAUCUGAUACAGUCACACUUUCAGAUUUAAUUUGUGGCCGCUAUUUCAGAGUGAUGUUCAUUGGCUGUGCGCUUUUUGGGUUGCAGCAGCUAUCCGGCAUAAAUGCUGUUUUUUACUUCUCUUCAACUGUCUUUGAAAGUUUUGGUGUGCCAUCUGAUAUUGCAAACGCGUGUGUAGGAAUCUGCAAUUUAGUGGGGUCUGUUAUUGCAAUGAUUCUCAUGGAUAAACUUGGAAGGAAAUUGCUUCUCCUGGGUAGCUUUCUGGGCAUGGUAGGAAGAAAAAUGAAAGUUGUCCCUUUGUUGAAUGAAUCUCUUCUAAACUUGAAUAUCACUUGAACAAAAUUUCAUAAGACAUGUUUUUAGAAAAUUCAAAUUAAACUGUAGCCGUCUACUAUUCAGUAAUUACUUUAACUAUUAAUUUAUUGGAUUCCACAUGAAUUAACUUCCACGAGAAUUAGGAAGGCACCAUAUCCAUUCAGCUUCCAAACAAUACUUUUGGACACCAAAUUGCUAAGUUUCAAAGCCAUGCAACAUAACUCCCAUUUGAAGGUCUGUAAAAAUGGACAGA